GGAACGCUGUCAUUCAUCAACUUCCGGUGUCACGGGGUACCUGGGAGACGGAGCAAAAAAAGCGGGCACACCGAAACCUUAUUGGAUUCGUUUGUUUCUAGACUCUGAAAAACGUAUUCGUUUGAUGCAUUAAGUUAAAGAAUUGCGCAGCGAUUGUCGUUGGCACCGUUGGAUUUGCUUACGCUUUAAAAAGGCUCUCAUUCAUUCGUCUUUCGUGCUAGCUCUCUGCUAACCGGAGCAGCAGCGGCCUUUUCUCCUGGACUUUGCUACCAGCUAAGCAGCAUUAGCGGGCUAACGCAUGCGAACACGUUUUCUUUCUUAAUGAUUUCGUCUGUUACCUGGUAAAUAAAGACCACACAGCUGAUGUCUGCGCUGUUCACACACAUCGGAAAUUCUGUUUUAGAGUAGCUCUCUAGGUCAAGCAAACUUAACUGCAGCUACAUCGGUGAGGGAGUUGUUUUUAGGAGUGUUCACUUUGUUGCUAGCUUGAGGAGCUAGCCGUCGCCGACUGAACAACGCAGUCUCCGAAAGCGUCGCAGCCCUCGACCCUCAGAGAUGUCGGACUUUGACGAAUUCGAAAGACAGCUAUCUGAAAACAAACAAGGUAAAGAAACCAAGUCUGCUCACUUAACGCGAACAUUAUCCGGUACUUUUUGCGUAAUUGUCGCCAUAAUUUUAGUCCACUGUGGAUACGUCUAAUUACUGAAACACUGUCAGCUUAAGUAUCCUCCCCUUGUAUUAAAUAAUUUGAUAUGCGAUGCAGUUGCUUGUCAGAUGUUGUAGUGGAAGAAACGCGAUUUUUGUGUCCCGUCAACAACCUUUAAUGUGUAAUUUUGAGUGAAUCUUGAAUUUUCUUCUUGACCGGAGAUGGCUAUUUUAUGGUGGUCCUCCAGACAGUACCUCUGACUUGAUGCCUUGAGCAGCCAGCGUUCAUUCUGUGCAGCUGUUGUGUCCAGUAAACGUAUCCACAGCCUUUACUCACCAUGUCCAUUAGUUAUCUCACACCUCACUGGUACUGAAACCAAACACAGCCACUUCCCAUGGCCUUCAAUGAGCUCUCUCUGAACUCAAUACUCACUGUUUCUCAAAGCAAGCCGUUUCUUUUUAUAUAAUUUCCUCAAGUUGCUUCAUUAUUGCUAUGUCAACCUAAAAAUAAUAGAAGAAUUCACAUACAUUGUACUGUUUUACUGUCUUUUUUUUCAUGUAUCUUCUGACUGUUCAUUUUAUCAUACUGUAGUGUAAUUUGCUGUAUGUUUACAACCUCUCUAUUUUGCUGCAGCUGAAAGGGACAAAGAGAACCGCCACCACCGCCGGUCCUCCUCCCGCAGCCGUAGCAGAGAGAGGAAAAGGAGGAGCAGAGACAGGGACAGGCGCAGCAGGGAUCGCCGCGGGGACAGUAAGGAGCGCAGACAUAGACGCAGGUUGGUGCCUCUUCACAACUACACCCGGACCACUAAAAUAUGAGUAAUGUAAAAAAUAUCAGCUCUAACAUCCUUAGAGUUAUUAAAGGGUAAAAACGAUGUGUUUCUCUGUAUUAUAUCCCCAUCUUUGAAUUGUUUUGACCACAGAAGAAACUACAGGAGCAAUCUUUUAUAGAUCAGAUCAUAUCAUCCUGAGAACAAAUGUGGAUACAUACAUAGAAACAAGCACAUUUCUGAGAGUUAUCAUCCCUGAGUGUACUCACUUAUGUGUCAGCAGGUUGUCCUGGUCUUAAUGUGCAACAGUCAUCAAAAAGUUUAGACACACCUUCUCAUUCAAUGCAUUUUCUUUAUUCUCAUUACUAUUUAAAUUGUAGAUUCUCAGUUAAGGCAUCAAAACUAUGAAUGAACAUGUGGAAUCAUGUGCUUAAGAAAAAAGUGUGAAAUAACUGAAAACAUGUUUUAUAUUUUAGAUUUCAUAAAGUAGCCACCCUUUGCUGUUUUGAUAGCGCUGCACACUUUUGCUGUUCUCUCAAUGAGCUUCAUGAGGUAGUCACCCUGAAAUGGUUUUUACUUCACAGGUGUGCCUUGUCAUGGUUACCUCUGUCAUCAAGAGCAAAGGGUGGCUAUUUUAAAGAAACUAGAAUAUAAAACAUGUUUUCAGUUAUUUCUCUUUUUUUUUCAAGUACAAAAUUUUACAUGUGUUCAUUCAUAGUUUUGAUGCCUUCAGUGAUCAUCUACAAUGUAAAUAGUCAUAUAAAAAAAUAAAGAAAAGACAUUGAAUGAGAAGGUGUGUCAAAACGUUUGGUCUGUACUGUAUAGUGUGCAAAUCCAAAUAAAAACAAACAUAUUCUGAUUCAUCCGGAUGUUCAUAAUCCAAAAAUCCUACCACCAUUUCUUCAAUAUCAUAGUUGGAUCUCAUCCUUCAGCUCGUAGAAAGAUUCAAGCCUGAGCAGCAGUGUUUUUGUGCUCACAGGAGGCUGAGACUGUGAAGUGUUGAGUCACAGCGAUUGAUUUAGAUUGAAUGUAGAUGGGAUAGUCAUUCAAAUAAACAGCAACAGACUGUAGUCUUAACAUAGUAUCCAUCAGAGCAGAAGUGUUGUUUCUUCAACAAUCUGCCUUCCAUAUUGUCUAUUUUCGAGGAUGUUAUUUUUAUCUCUGCCCCAAAGCCUUCUUUCAUACUUGUUAAUGACACAGUUGUAGUUUUAUCUCACGCUUGUGAGUCAAACCUUUGAAUACACAAAAAAACAGUUGCUGCAGCCUCUUUAAGAUUCUGAAUAGUGUAACAUAGAAAAAAAGAAAGUACCUUAUGAAUAAUUAUAUAAACGAUUUCAGAUCCCUCCCUCAAGUAAAAACAAACAGUGUGAUAAAAAUAGAGGAGCAAAAACAAACAUGUUGUCAUUUUACACCAGGUUUAUGUACUACCUCAAAUGUCAUUGACACAUGCAGCCAUGCAGGAUGUUCGUGCCUGUUUGAUCAAAUGUGUUGAGGCUCGUGGCUGAGAAAAGCUUUCUUAACAGCUGCACCUUUCCAAGAACGUUUUCAGUAUUUGUUUAUCAGCACUCUUUAAGGUGACAAGCCUGUUUGUUUUCAAGGAAACAUGCUGGCCUGAAGUGUUUUAGAUACUGCGUUUAGUGAAUCUAUGGUUAAGAUUUUUACAGAUUUGAGUCAUUGGUUUCUUUGAUUGUUUUGAUUGUUUGCAAUGUCAUUUCUGAUCCUCCCUUUUUUAAGCUUUUGAUAAAUCAUACUCUUUGACCUACAGCUUGACUUGUGCUCCUUUUCUAUCUGUGCAUUUUGAAAUAUGUGUCUGGUGUUCACUCAGUAGAAGCACUUGGAUAGCAGAUGUAAGAGUCACGUCCUCUGGUUUGCAGCUGCUGUAUUUUAUUUAUUUAGGAUUUUCUUUCUGGUUUCCCAUCAUCCUUAGUUGCUUAGUUGCAUGAGCGGUAUGGCAUGUCAUCGAUGAGGCUUUCUGAGUGCAGCGGUUUGUCUUAUGAACUUUAAGGGACUUACCGCUUUAGAAAACCAUAUUCCCCCUGAUAUAAUCCUGAUAGUGUUCUGUAUUUCAUAGAAAUUGAGGUUUUGAUUGUGUGAAGUGGUAAUAUUUGGUGAAUGUCAUGGUUGAUUUGAGAGAAAUGUGAAACCCUUCCAAUGUCAUUUCAGCUCACCAACCAGCUACCCCCAGGACAAUGCUGGAAGGUAAUACAGCAAACUAACACUAAGCCAGUUUGUGCAUCAGUGCAACAACUGCAAUUCUAUGACCUCCUUCUGAUUCUCUGUAUUUCUUAGACUUUUGGCUCAUUGUGUAAAUACCUACCAGAGAUGGGUGUUUUAUUCCCUCUGUUCCCUUUACCAUCAUGAUUUAAAAUUUUGAAAUCAAUCAUCAGAUCUGUGAGCUUGCUGCUGAUCAAUCAGAGACAUUUUACCUGUUCAUCUUGACUGCUCCACAUUCAUUCAGCCCGUCUCCUGCUGCCUUUAACAGCCGUUCUCCACACCGUGAGAAGAAGAAGAAGGUCAAGAAGUACUGGGAUGUCCCUCCACCUGGUUUUGAACACAUCACUCCCAUGCAGUACAAAGCCAUGCAAGGUGAGCGUUUUAUCCGAUUCAUUUUUGAAGGAGCAUCAGUUGUUGUUGAAACCUUUACUUAAAAGCAGUCCACUAGUGAUAUAUGAAUGAAGCUGCAAUACAAAGUUGAUAAAUGUAUUAACUGUUUCCUAUCCUUGGCUCGGCUCACAGCUGCAGGCCAGAUCCCAGCCACAGCCCUCCUACCAACCAUGACCCCAGAUGGUCUGGCAGUUACCCCCACUCCUGUACCGGUCGUGGGUAGCCAGAUGACUCGGCAGGCUCGUCGGCUCUAUGUGGGCAACAUCCCAUUUGGGAUCACAGAGGUGAGGAACAGGACCUCAUCCGGCUCUUUUUAUUUGAAGUUCAAACUUUUUUAACUAGUAUUUAAGAUUUGCAUAUAAAAGUGACAUUUCUAAUCAUUAAUCCAAAAAUCCUGCUUCUUUUUUUGUGCUGUGUAGGAGUCCAUGAUGGACUUCUUCAAUGCCCAGAUGCGUUUGGGUGGUCUUACUCAGGCCCCCGGAAACCCUGUCCUUGCAGUACAGAUCAAUCAGGACAAGAAUUUUGCCUUCCUUGAGGUAAAAAAAAAAUCUGCUUAUUUAUAAUGACUUUUUAUUCUGUGUGCACAACUUGUUUUCAGGAGUUGACUUUUUUGAAAAUGUUUUAUUUUUGUAGUUUUCAAUAACAUCAUCUGUGACUGUGUCUCUAGUUUCGUUCAGUGGAUGAAACGACUCAAGCCAUGGCCUUUGAUGGCAUCAUAUUUCAAGGCCAGAGUCUCAAGAUCCGUCGUCCCCAUGAUUACCAGCCUCUGCCGGGCAUGAGCGAGAACCCCAGUGUCUAUGUGCCUGGUACACAGACAAUUAAUGGUUUUUAACUCUUAUGUACUUGUGGCAUAAUUCAUAAGUCAUCACUUAUUACCUUCCUACAGCAGUGAGCUCUUUGUGCUUCUCAGUUUAUGUUUGGUCCUGUCCUUUUCUGCGCCUGGUGUAGGUGUGGUCUCUACAGUGGUACCUGACUCCGCUCACAAACUCUUCAUUGGCGGCUUGCCGAAUUACCUGAACGAUGACCAGGUUGGUUUAUGUUUCAGCUUCACCUUCAAACUGGACUCAGGAGUUUUAAUGUAAAAUACACGUCUUUUACCCUAUUGAGUAUAAUCUACCCUCAGGGGGGCUCAGUUUGUAGUUUAAAUAGUCCACCUCGAGUAACCUGCUAUGUCCUUGUUGUUGUUGAUGACUUUAUAGAACUGUUCACUGCUGAGCCUCAGAUUUUAGGCAUUUUCAAACAUCAGCCUGUAUUCAAACAGGACAAAGUGACAGCUCAGGCGCUAAAGGGAAAUGAUAAGAGAGAACAGCUCAUGUUAUUCUUGAAAGCUGCACUAUAAUAGUUUCAUCUUCAGAAGAAACACUGAACAUGAAUAUAAGUCGUUUACAUUGUUGAGAUGUUUGGAAACCCCGUUGUUUUGAGGUGACCCUCUUUGUCUCGUGUGUCUCAGGUGAAGGAGCUGCUGACAUCAUUCGGCCCCCUGAAGGCUUUCAACCUGGUGAAGGACAGUGCUACAGGCUUAUCUAAAGGAUACGCCUUCUGUGAAUAUGUUGAUGUCAACCUCAAUGACCAGGUAAAACAGCAAACAGCAAAAAGUGUUUUGUGGGACAUAUGAUCUCAUCAGAUAAAUGCGCAGUCACGGUCUUAAUACGAUACUUUUAAUAUGAAAAUCCACUAUUAGGGAGGUACUGAUCUGAUCCUGAUAGUGGACAGGCUCUGAGCUAAGAAAACUAGAUCCACCCUGUACCAUUGGGCUGGUCGACAGGGCAGAUCUAUGCUAUCAGCUAUUCAGUUUUUACAGUAACCGGGUUUGUCCUACAUCUUCAGCGCCAGUAGGUGUGUGCAUUUUGCUCAACAGGAAGCUGAUGUAGCAUGAAGUCAGCCAGCUACAGAGGCCAUAUUUUAAACUAGUUUUUCCAAAAACAUAGAUGGCAACUUGCAUACGCCCGAAGCUCAAGUUUUAUAGAUCUUAGUAGCUUGCAAAUCAAAACAAGAGCUAAAACAAAGCAAAGAACUUCAGAGUGAUGUUUGACAGUUGGUCAGCUAGUUCAGAAGGUUCUUGGAUUUAUUGUUUUGGAUGAGAAAAGCCUGCAGCUUAUCGAAAAUAAGAGAUGAUAAUCUGAUAGCAAUGAUUUAAAUGAUCUGUUUUUGCCCUCUGUUUCUGCAUCUGAUAACCUGCAGCUCAUAAACACACACUGUGCAGGAGAGUAUGCAUUUGGUUGCUACUGCUGUCAAACUUUUGUAAAAUGCAAUAGAGUUAAAAUCUGAAAUGAGGAAAUUGAACUUGUUGGUAAAUAUUUGUAGAUAAGUUGGAGAAAAAAAGCGCACGACCAAAGCCUGAUGUGGCCAAAGCAUAAUCAUCAGUCUCCUUCUCACAUUAAGAAAAGAGGAUGUCAACGCAGGAUCAGAUCACAUCAUUAUGGUGUAGCUGAUACCAAAGCAGAGGAGUAACUGUGAUGGUCACAGACCUCAAGUGUAACUUAAACCUUUAAUAUCGUUUCAGGCUAUUGCUGGGCUGAACGGUAUGCAGCUGGGAGACAAGAAGCUGCUGGUGCAGAGAGCCAGCGUGGGAUCCAAGAACGCCACCCUGGUAAGUGUCCAACAGCUGGACAGAUGACAGCAGAGUGGUGGGAGGUCGGAUGAAGACGCAUCUACAGUAUUGGUUUAACUGACACACUCUCAAGCUGACGAUGCAUAUGUAAUACUUGUGGCUUUAAUAAUUAUUUUACACUUUGUGAACUUUGUGAAAUCCAUUAACCACACCUGUAAGUUAAAGGAAUCAUUCUGGCCUGCAUUACAGGAGGAUGAGGAUGUCUUGCAGAUAGUUCUUCUGUAAAUAAUAACCAUCUCCAAACCUUUGUGUCCACCCACAGACAAGUAUAAACCAGACCCCAGUGACACUGCAGGUGCCGGGUCUGAACAGCUCAGUGACUCAGAUGGGUGGCCUGCCCACUGAAGUGCUGUGUCUGAUGAACAUGGUGGCACCAGAGGAGCUGCUGGAUGAUGAAGAAUAUGAGGAAAUCGUUGAGGACGUCAGGGACGAGUGCAGCAAGUACGGCCAAGUGAAAAGCAUCGAGAUACCUCGCCCUGUGGACGGCCUGGAGGUGCCCGGAACCGGCAAGGUAGGAACUGUCAUAAUUUCUCUGUAUCCUAAACGCCACCAGUUUGAGUCAUAAGUUUUCAAAGGUGACGUUAUUGUUUUGUUUUUCUUCUCUUUUAGAUCUUUGUCGAGUUCAUGUCAGUCUUUGACUCCCAGAAGGCCAUGCAGGGGCUGACAGGAAGGAAGUUUGCCAACAGGGUGGUGGUGACCAAAUACUGCGACCCAGACGCUUAUCACCGCCGAGACUUCUGGUAGAGGAGGCAUGCAGAGAAGAGGGGAGGGGGGAGGAAGGGAGGGAGGGAGAGGGUGGGAACAUGAACCGGCCAAUUUCCAAACCAGCCCCCUCAUUGAUUUGGCAGGACAACAAUUCUUGUAGAUCUGAAAGUAUUGCUUAUUUUUGCAACAUCGAACAUACAGUUUGUGAAAUAAGUCGUCGAGCAGUUAAAAUCUUUGCUGCUGAUUGAAAAAGAAGACGAACAAAGAGGGUCUAUAUUCAGAGCUAUAACUGAGGGGGCUUGGUUUGGGAUGGUGAGGGUGUAGCUCAGGUCAGAGAGCUAAAGAUUUCUGAGAAAUGUGUGUAAUAAAAGGUCCAGGGUGGGGUCAACAUUUUUUAUACUUUGUGAGACAGGGAUGUCCUUUAAGGGUGGGAGGGGGGUACACUUUAAGGUUUGUAUUUAAAUGGAGGUAGCCUGUUUUAAGUAACUAGGGAGGAGUCACAGGAGGGAACAAACUGGACUGUGAGGAGAGGGAUGAGAAAACAGGAGAGUUUAUUUGUGAUGGGAGCGGCGUGGGGGAGAAGGACAGGAAGAUGAGGGCCUUUUUAUUUGACCAUCCAAUGUAGAUAUACGGUAGCUGUAACAUCCACUUCAGUUUUGCUGUUGUCAUUAGAAAAGCAAGAGGAGACGCCUCACUUGAGUUUUUGCUUCAUAUUUGGACUUGGUUGUUUCUCUUCACAUUUCCAUCAGUCUGCAGCCCCCCCCCUCCCCUCCCCUCAGAGCGAUUGUCAGAGGAUCUGUUGUUUAAUUGGACUCUGAAUGUUAACUGUAAAUGUCCCCCGUGCUGUGUGUAGCUUCACUGAUUUGAGCUGUAAAAUCAACCUGUAUUCAGUCGCAGAGUAACAUGAACUGCAGGGAAGAACGUUUUCAAUAAUGCCUGUUAGGUUUUUUUUUUCUUUUCUUUAUUUUUUUUGGUUUGUUUUUCCUUCUUUUACUUUCUUAACGUCCAUCUUCUGUGCACAGCUUUUAACAGGUGAGAUUGAUUUGUCUCAGCGGUUCAGUCCCGGUGUCACUCAAGAGCUAAUUAACCGGAGAACACGGGGAAGCAGACAGAUUGGUAUUAAAAGGAGAUUUUUUUAUCUUCCCUGCCCAAAAGCCUUAAUGCUAUUUCACGUCAAACUACUGACAAAAAAACAGAAACAUUUGGCUUGCCCCUCCGUCAUUAAUGAUGUCUGUGUGUUCAUAGAUGUUUCUCUCUUGUACCUAAACCUUGCAUCACCACUUUUCGUUUGUCCUUGUUUCCCAGCAGACUUGGGGAUUUAAGAUGUGUCGGACAUGGUUAUUUUUCUGUGCAACGUCUCACCUCUUUGACAAGACCAAAUAAACAAGUGACUAAUACCCACGGCUCAUUGUGUACUGCAGAGUAAAACCAAAACCACACAAAUCCGCUCUAAUUUGUUUGAAAAUAAUCUACAUAAAAAGUGUGAUGUCUUGUCCACACAAAAGGAUUACAACUGAACCCAAUACAGUGAAAGCUUGUUUCAGAGAUUAAUGAAUAAAUGAAAGCCUGAAGGCAAAGAAUGAAGUUUAUUCACUCAAAUGAGUGGAAGCACUUCACAGAGAAAUGUUCAUUUUCAUGAUCUUAUUGAGUGUAGCUACUCGAGGUGGUAGUCUGUCUGAAUCGAAACCUGCUUUUCUCUCAUCUCUCUCACCUUCUGCCCCUGAUUCUCCGAGGACCACAUGUUCACACUGUACAGGCUGCUUUUAUUUGAUACUUUGGUUGUUUAAAUGGCACUGAAGACAGACUGUGGCGUUGAUAACACUUAUGAGAUGUUACUCCUUACUUUCUGAAACCUGCUUUCUCAGUGUCACUGUCAUUUAUUUUCCUUUUUUUCUCUCUCUCUCUCUUGGAAAAAUGUGAUUUCUUAAAUGACUUAAAACCCUAAAAAAACACAUCUAGUUUAUAAAAGCAAAACAGUCUUUCAUUUGUCCAAUUUGUUUUGAAAUGUUGAUUAAAAACUGAAUUUACAUGAAG